GAUACCACUGGGCCGACCCUUGGUACCAGUCAAACCAGUGCGGGCUUCCAGAACAGCUCCUCGCUGCAUCGCGUGUUAGGGUUUAACUUUGGGGGUCGGGGGGUUGGUGGAGGGGGCGUCGCCCUGGCAGCAGCGACCUCUGACCUGGAGGUGAAAUGUCGUCCCCCCUCUAGAACUACAGACGCCUGCAGACAGAUUUUAUGGAGGACGACCACGAGCGAGUGGUGUCAGUGACCUCCCUGUCUGUUCAGCUGUUCACCGUCCCCACCAUGGCCCGGAUGCUGAUGGUGGAGGAGAACCUGAUGACAACCAUCAUCAGGACCUUUGUGGAUCACCUCCGUCACAGAGACCUGCAGGGACGCUUCCAGUUUGACCGCUACACCGCCCAGCAGGCCUUCAAGUUUGGACGGGUCCAGAGCCUCAUCGGAGACCUCAAGUACGUCCUCAUCAGUCGUCCCUCAGAGUGGAGCGAUCAGCUCAGACACAAGUUUCUAGAAGGUCUGGAUGCUUUUCUGGAGCUGCUCAAGUGUAUGCAGGGUAUGGACCCGGUGGUGAGACAGGUGGGACAGCACAUAGAGAUGGAGCCUGAGUGGGAGGCCGCGUUCACUCUGCAGAUGAAACUGACUCACAUCAUCUCCAUGAUUCAGGAGUGGUGCUCCACCGAC